UACUCAAUAAAACCAACCACGAAUUCUGUCAGGUUAUGAGUCACACGAACAGAAAGACACACUGCGCGUGGUAAAGUAAAAUCCCAAUUCAGUAAUAGAGGGAAAUCAUAGGAAUAUGGCAACGUCAGGAUAUGGAGCAGAGCUGUCUCCAGGCAUGUCUGGCGGGUCGGAAGAUGUCGAUUUCAUCAAUAGGCUAGAUAAUGUUUGUCUGAUGACAAUCUUUUUGUACCUUCCUCCUGGAGACAAACUCACUGCUGAAAAAGUUUGCAAACGUUGGAGAGCAGUAUCCAAGCUUGCAUGGAGCAACGUGACACAUCUCGAUCUCACCAAAUUCACCGCAGGUCCAACUGAUUUCGACAAAUUACCAGAUAUCUACAAAAAUAUUCAAAGCGUCGCGAGAACUCUGAAGAGAUGUGGACGUUACCUGUGCAGAUUGAAACUUGGCAGUCCUUGUCACUACACAAUGAUUCCAUUUGUUGCUAGACAUUGCGAGAAUUUAAUCAGGCUAGAAAUCUCUCUUUGCCAGAACGGAAAUCACAUUUCCAAUGUUCAAAAAAUUACAAGUUUAGAAUACUUCUGUCUGGAGCAAAUGAUGAAUGAUUCUGGUUCAGAUGUUCUUGGCGUCUUACCUUGUGAAAAUUUACGUGAACUUUAUCUACAUGCGAGUGAGUUCGGAUAUGAAUUCGAGAGUACGCAACGUCCAAAGCUGCCUUACGGUUAUGAUCAUUAUCUUCGAGAUUUGAUGAAUUUAUCAGUCAUGUCCCUACACUAUUUUGAUGUGAGAGGCCCUAUGGAAGACAUCAUAAAUCAAAACUCUAAACUCACAUCCCUCACCCUCAAAGACUGUGUUCUCACAAAUUUGAACUUCUCUGGUCUCGCAAAUUUGGAAUAUCUAGAUCUUGAAAGUGCCAUCAAUGUCGACGACAAUUUACUAGAUCUGUUGGCAAAAAAUUGCAAGAAGCUGAAGUAUUUAAAUCUUGAUUGUUGCGACCACAUCAGCGAUGAAGGACUCACGUAUCUGUGGCAAUUGCCUCAACUGGAGGAUCUUAGUGUGAAUCACAUAUACGGUAUAACAGAUUUUACUUUUAGUGGAUUACACAAUCUGAGAAAGCUAAGUUGUGAGGAUUGUGAGUGUGUACAGAGUAAUGAACUCAUCACUUUCUUGAGGAUUGUUCCUAACUUGGAGUAUUUGAACUUGAAAUGGACCAGAAUUACUCACCAGGUACUCAUCGAAGCGAAUGCAGUUACGAAGCGAAGAGCCAAUGGUAUUCCACUUCGGUUGUUGGUCGGCUCUUCCGUAACCGCUGAUUGGGGUGAGAGUCCCGACUCCCCUUUGCUGAUAGUCGAAAGUACAGAUGAUACAGUCUAUUAUCCGUAUAGUCGUCGGAGUCCACGAUUUUGUAAUGAACACGAUAACUUCGAUCCUGAUUAUCAGUUUGAGUAUGAGCAUGGGUCGGAUUCCGAGUCCGACGAUCGGUUGGAUCGUGAUGCGCCAGAUACGUCUAAUUCAGACGACUGAUUGAAGCUUGCAUCCAGUCCACUACGACGAGAUACACGGAGAGAAAUUUUCACUAAAAAUUACGGAACAAUUCACGUAAUGCGCAAAAUAGGUAAAAAUUAGUUUAGGUAAAAAUUACGUGACCGUUCUCUACAAUUUCCUACAACCACAUUGCGCUCCGGA